GAUCACCAAAUAAUUAAACUAAAAGUGAAUAAAAGAGGUUUGAUUAACGCUUUUAAUAAAAUGCGACAAAAAAGUGCAUAAUUUUUGCAUAACUUUUGCAUAAAUUUGCAUAAUUUUGCAUAAUUUUGCAUAAUUUUUACUUUUUUUUAAAAAAAAUAUUUUUUUUUUACCUCGAAAUAGAAAAAAAAGUAUCUAAAUUCUAUAGUUGUUGUUUAGUUUAGCUAUUUAAAAGUUAAGAGAAAAAAAAAAAACAUCUUUUCACCCCAACAAAUAAUAAAAAAUAAAUAACAAAUAAUAAAUAUUAAAAAAUAAAUAUUAAAAAAUAAAAAAUAUUUUAUAGAGCUACACAAAGUUAAAACAAUACUUUUGCAAAAAUAGCAAUUGAAAUGAAACAUCAGUUUUGCUAGUUUUUAAAAGUAGAUAAAAAAAUAAAUAAAAUAACAAAUAAACAAACAAAUACUAAAAAAACAUUUUAACUUUCCAGUUCUACAUACUUUUUUCAUAACAAAAAAAAAAAACUUUUUUAUCUCAAACUGAGAAAAAAAAACUACUUUACCUACAAUCGUUGUAUUUUUUCAAUACAGUUUCGUUUAUAUUUUUUCCCACUUGAGCUAAUUUAUCUCCAAAAUGAGUCCCUGCAACAUCCCAAUCAUCGUCCUUCCAGCGACUUCAUCCCCUGCUGAUAUUAAGAAAGCCAUCGAUGCCAACAACCAGACUGUAGCCAAAUCCGACGGGAGGAGGAACAAAUGCAAGAGCAGAAAGAGCUUCGCCGACUUCAAUCUUGCUUCCUUGCCAUACAAAGUCUUGUUCAUCUUUGGCGUUAUCGUUGUGCUCUUACAGAACAACAACUCUUCCAGCCUAGAAGUCAGCAGAAAUGGCAGAUCCUUAGGUGAGUACUACCGUGAUGACCAUUACGAUUACGACCCAAGAGGAAGAAGAGGAAGCAGAUGGCAAGAGGAGGAAGACAUGUAUAACCCAAGAAUGAGAGGUGGAAACCCAGACUACUAUGAUGAAAGAAGCGGCGGAUACCGAUCUGGUCCAGAUGAUAGAAAUACUUAUCAUAACGUUCAUCCUAUACCUGCAUACGAUGAUCAAAGAGAUGAUAAGGAUAAUGUUAUUAGGCCCGAUCAACCAGCUCCCGUAAAGCCUGAUGGUGAUGACACUGGUAAGGGUGACGACAGCAGCGUGACUCCAAGUCCUGAAAAUCCCGAUGAUCCCAAUAACCCUCCAUCAACCACUGAAACACCUGGUAACUCAGAUGGUGAACAUAAGGAUGAUGAGGGUAAUGUGAUUAGGCCCGCUGGAAAACACGUAGUCAAACCUGAUGAUGAGAAGGAUGAUAAGAGUGAUAACGAUCCUAUUAAACCCAAUGUACCAUCCGAGCAUCAUCACGAUGGAUCUCAUGAUGGAUCUGAUGAUGGUUCUCAUGACGGAUCUCAUCCCGAUCAACCCGGACACCAUGAUGGCUUAAAAGGAACCAUGUCUCAAGGUCCUUAUGGUCCAGAUCCAAGAGGUGAUAGAAGCGGAGACGAAAGGGAAUUCAGACACAAUCAACACGGAAGAGUCUUUGAUGACAGAAGAGGAAGAGGCGGAUUUGACGAUUACAAUGGCCCCGAUGGAUACGGAAGCGACUACGGCAGACGCUAUGGAGAUGACGGUCGUGAAAUUCAUUACUCACGUAGCGAAAAAUCAUUUGAUGAUGAAUACCACGGAAGAGGAGGUGAUGACAGAUCCUUCCAUUUUUCAAAAACCAAUAGAGUGAUAGAUGAAAAUAUGCCAUAUCCCCCUAAUGGACCAUUCAGAGGAGGAGAUAACCGUUCAAUUAGAAGUGAACAAAUUGCUGCGAUGAACUAUGAAGAACAGUUUCACCAAGGCCCAAGAGGUGGAAGAAUGGGAAGUGCCAACCCAUUUAACGUCCCACCAAGAGGAGGAAGAGAUGACGACCACACAUUUCACUCCGCUACUCCUCAUAGAAGCGUAGAUGAUGUUAACGACCCAAGAAACAGAGGUAGAAGAGACGCCGGUGAUGACCCAAGAAGUUUCAAUCCUGCCAGAGGAAAUCAAAGACAUGAUGACCAAUUCUUUGAUGAAGGCAGAUUUGGCCCCCCCGGUGGACCAGGAAAAUUCCCAGAUGGAAGAAGACCCCCCGUGCCAGGACCACACGGAGGUCCAGGAGGAAGAGGUCAACCAGGACGAGGUGGAAGACUCGAAAUGGAAGACGACGCUUUUGGCUCCAGAGGAGAUUUCAUGAGAAGAUCUCACGAUGGACGCGGAAGACACGGACCCCACGGUGACAAUGAACAACUCCCAUUCGGAUGCACCCGAGCUGAAUUACAAGAGCAGAUGACCGAAGAGGAAUUAAACAGCAAAAUUAAAAACUUGAGACCAAACGCUACCGUUAAGGAGAUGUUCGUUCUCUUCAACCAGAUACUCUCCUUCGAAAGAAAGAAGUUCGUUAAGAUGCAAGAGUACAUUAUGCAAUACUCCCAAUACUUGCAGAAGACUCUCUUGUUACCAACCCCAAUCAGAAUGAAAUACUGGUGGAGGGCACACUACAACAUGACCGACGAGUUGAUUAAGAAAGAGAGAGGAGACUUCCAAGAUUUCUACGCCUUCGUAAGCAAGGGACAAUGCCAGAGAUGGGACUUCCUUUACUUCGCUAAUGCCAAGAGAAAGUCGUGGGAUGAGCUCAGAGAUUUAAUGAAGAGCAUCUGGAUGGAGAUCUUGACCUACAAGAUGAAGAAACACAGCAAACUCUAAGCCGUAUAAGUAUAGGAGAAGAAGAACGAGGCGCUUUUGCGCACGCCAUCCAGCCACGCCCUGUUGAAUAAUUUUGCCAUGAAGCUAUCAACUAACGAGAGAAACGCGGGAGGAGAGUUCCGAUUGCGCAUUAUGUGUAACUAACCCACGCUGCUUUGCUGACGUUGGCACACAGUGCCUCACCGCAUGUGUGAAAGCGCGUCAUAGGAGAACGUUUUGCGGCAUUUUUGGAAAGAGGUGCUCCGUUUGCCCGUGCUAUAUAAGUUGUAUGGGAAUGGACUUCUUACGACAGCGCCUUUUGGGCGAGGGGUGAACGAUUUUUUUAGAGACCGACCAAUUAAGGCACCACAUCUGUGCAUAUAGAUGACAAACUGGGACGUUUUUUUAAACCAUACCAUAUACAUAUAAAAAUGCAAGUGUACACCUGUGCAAAAAAAAAAAAAAGAAAUUACGCACGUGUAUACUUCCAUCGCGCGAUCCGUUUUCCUCUGCCUAAUACUUUUUUUUUCACUUCCAUACAUUUUUGCAUGAAAAGAAAAUACUUCAUAAAAUGAUCAUUUUGAAGGGGAUAAAAAAAAGGCACAUUCCUUCCCCCAGAUGUAUUUAUAUUUAUAUAUAUAUUAUUUAUCGCCACCCUGUUGAAGAAAAAAAAACAUGUACAGAGCAUGUGAUUAUAUUUUUAUAUUAUGUUAUAUUAUAUUAUAUUAUCUUAUUUUAUACCUUUGUACGUUGCUUACUCAGUGUAUUUUUUAUUUUUUAUUUUUUGUUUAUUUAUUUCGUCACUGCGUGCCCCAUUUUUUAUUCACCACUAUACUACAUUCAUAGCUAUUAUACAUACAUCGUUACAUUCACUGCUACUCACCCACUGCAUCCGCCAUGCCUUCAUUUCACUGCCUUGUUUUAUAUGCUACAAAUACGCUUCACAAUUUACACCAACGAGUGAGCCAUGCAUGCACUUGCAAUUCCUGUUAUGACCAUUUUUAACAAUUCAUGAUACAUAAUUAAUUUAUACAUCGAAAAAAAAAACACAAAAAAGAACUACACAUGCAGCAUAUUUAAAAGAAAAUUAAGAAGG